AUGCAUCGCACCUACUCUAUGCGCCAGUCGCGGGCGCCCACCGCCUCGCAGAUCCAGAAUCCCCCGCCCCCGCCCUCGUCUACAAAGUCCAACCGCCUGUUCGGCAAGGGAGGAUUCGGCCAUGCUCUUAGAAGGAACGCGGCCGGUGCUUUCGGCCCGGACCUGUCGAAGAAGCUGUCGCAGCUUGUCAAGAUGGAGAAGAACGUGAUGCGCAGCAUGGAGCUUGUCGCCAAGGAGCGCAUGGACGUGGCGCAGCAGCUGUCCAUCUGGGGCGAGGCCGGCGACGAGGACGUGUCCGACGUCACCGACAAGCUCGGCGUGCUCAUCUACGAGAUCGGCGAGCUGGAGGACCAGUACGUCGACCGCUACGACCAGUACCGCGUCACCAUGAAGAGCAUCCGCAACAUCGAGGCCUCGGUCCAGCCCAGCCGCGACCGCAAGCAGAAGAUUACCGACCAGAUCGCCCACCUCAAGUACAAGGAGCCCAACUCGCCCAAGAUUGUCGUGCUCGAGCAGGAGCUCGUGCGCGCCGAGGCCGAGUCGCUCGUCGCCGAGGCCCAGCUGUCCAACAUUACGCGCGAGAAGAUCAAGGCCGCCUACGCGUACCACUUUGACGCCAUGCGCGAGCACAGCGAGAAGGUCGCCAUCAUUGCGGGCUACGGCAAGCACCUGCUCGAGCUCAUCGACGACACCCCCGUCACCCCCGGCGAGACCCGCCCGGCCUACGACGGCUACGAGGCCAGCAAGGCCAUCAUCCAGGACUGCGAGGACUCGCUGACCAACUGGGUCUCCCAGAACGCCGCCGUCUCCUCCAAGCUGUCCACCCGCGCCCGCACCCUGUCCACGCGCCGCCGCAACCUCAUCAAGGCCCGCGCCGAGGAUGCCGGCAACGGCCACGACCUGUCGGGCCAGGACGCGCCCCUCAACGACCGUGACCAGUGGGUCUCGGCCGGCGAGCACGGCGGCAAGUACGGCGACGAGGACGACGAAGAGGACGACGAGCUUCGCGGCGACGAGGACGACCUUGGCGAGAGCGAGGUUGGCCUGAACGGCGAGAGCCGCGGCCGCACCCAGGAGAUUGCUGCGUAA